AUGGCUUUCAAGUCAGUAUUGCCUCGUCGGUCCAACACCGUCACCACCAAUACCACCACCGCGACGAGGACCUCGACCACGACGUCGAUGGGCGAAGAGGAUGCCAUUCCCGACUCCGACUACAAAGACACGACGAACCUGCUGGUCGAACGACUCCAGGCAUGGAAGCAUGUUUGCGGAAAUUUGGAGGAUUAUGUGACCACGACGAUGAAAGUCCAAAAGUCUCAUGCAAAGGAGCUGGAGAAGAUCUUCAAGACAGUGUCUGAACCUAUCAAAGAAGAGCAUCAUUUUGACCAAGGUGCAACCGGUGUAGCUGGCCUGUUCGAAUCUCUGCGUAGAAAUACACAGGGGCUCGCAGAAGCUCAUGCUGAUGCAGAGAAUCGCCUGAAGAAGUCUGUUGUUCCAAUCCUCGAGCAGCUACAUGCUGAGAUCAAAACCAAGGCAAAGGAACUAGGCGGAGGAGCCAUCAAGCACGGAAAGGAAGUCACCAAGUCCCGCGCCGUUACCCAGAAGCACAUCGAGCUCCUGGGUCAGUAUGCGGCGACUUUUGAAACAUCCAAGUCGCGACUGGACGCCGCCCAUGAUCCGUAUGUUCUCUCCCGCGGCGUCACUUACCGUCUUGGACGACAGGUUGCAGACGAGAACCUGCAUUUCCAGGAGGUCCUCACGAUUCAGAACUCCUUCCCUGCCUUUGAAAAACAUAUCGUCGAAACGAUCCAGCGGGCGAUGAACGAGUUCUUUCAGUGCAUGACGGCUCAGACGGACCAUCACCGAAACAUGUACUCGAACAUCGUCACCCAGACGCAAGAGAUCACCGGUGAUUUUGAAUGGAACAACUUCUUCAAGCGCAAUGACGCUACUCUGCUUGAUCCUAAUGCGCCACAACGGGACCUGGCAAUGAUCAAAUACGCUAACCAAGACCACCACGCAACCAAGCCUGUGGUGGAGGGAAUCUUGGACCGCAAGUCUCGUGCGAUGCUGAAGGGGUACUCGGGCGGCUACUUUGCUGUGACCCCCGCAGGUUAUUUGCAUGGCUUCAAGGAGAACGAUGAUACACGUCACGAGCCUGUGCCGGAUAUCUCGCUCUACCUCCCCGAGUGUACGAUCGGCGGGUUCAACGAUCUCAAAUUUAGCGUCAAGGGCAAAGACCUGUCUGGUGGCAAGGUUGGAAACGCAUUCCACAUGACCAGCGAGUACAACUUCAAGGCUCGAACCAAGAACGACCUAGAGCAGUGGCAGGCCGUCCUCACCAAUCCUGCCUUGUGGAGUGGAUCAGGGUCUGUGGUUGCUUCGCCCGGCGGCUCCCAGGUCGCUUCUCCAGUGUCGCCGAUUUCUCCCGCAGCAACCAUGCCAAACGUAGGAGAGUCCAGCGUUGCGGGUGCUGCUGCUACUCCUCCUCCUGGCACAACCGAAAAGGCUCCUGUGACGGAGAUGCCAGCAGUGGUUGAGAAGCCUGCUACUGAGACUGCUCCAGCUCCAGCCGGUGAGAGUGCCCCUGUAACGGAGCCACUGCCGACGACGACGACAACAACAACGGGCACCGAGGGCACCACGAUGAAGCCAACAGGACAGGAAGAGGGUGUUGUUUCCGUCCCCACGACAGAGACAAAGUAG